AGAAAAAAAUUCAAACAUCAUCUAUUAAAUUACAAACGGAACAUCAAAUAUCUAUUUAUAUGACAACUGUACCAGAAGACAAAUUUGUUGAGUUGUUUUUAUUCAAAGAUUAUUUAUUCUUAGAUUGUUUUUUUUUAAGACUUCCAAAAGUAAUUAAUUCAACGACAAAAACAUUUCUUCGAAGCACAAUGACAUUUCCCAAAAAUAAAAAAAAUGAAAAAAUUGGUUUGAAUUUUUUUUCGUUUUCUCUGAAGAAAUAUUAAUGAAAUAUUUUGUAGAAAAUCAAUACAAUUUAUCAAUAUUUUACUGAUCUUAGUUCAUCAUCUUCAUCAAGUUCAUCGAAAAAAUCUUCAGCAAGUAGUGUUAGUACUACUAAUAAAAAACAAACAAAUUCAUCAGUCACAACAAAUGAAGAAGGAACAAUAAAUAGUCCAUCAUCACAGAAAGAUCAACAAUAUCCACGAUGCAUUACAAAAUUUGAAAAUUUCUUCGAUUCCAAAUUAGGAUUUAUUGACCUGGGUAAUCAUAUUCCAUUACAUAUUAUUCGUCUUCAACAAUUUGAAAAUCAAUUAAAACAACAACAAUCUUAUUUAACAAAUAAAAAAAUAUUAAAUGAAAUUAUUAAAUUUAUUCAAAAUAAAUUUUUAUUUUUAUUUAAUGAAGAUUUAAUUUUAUAA